AUGGAGGCCGCGGAGCCGCCGAGCGAGCUGGUGUCCGAGGAGGGCCGGAACCGGAAGGCGGUGCUGUGCCGGCGCUGCGGCUCCCGCGUGCUGCAGCCGGGCACGGCGCUCUUCUCCCGCCGCCAGCUCUUCCUCCCUUCCAUGAGGAAGAAGCCGGCGCUGGCCAGCGGCGGUGGUCCGGAGGGUGACCUCUUGCAGGAGCACUGGCUGGUGGAGGACAUGUUCACUUUCGAGAAUGUGGGCUUCACCAAGGACGUGGGCAACAUCAAGUUCCUGGUCUGUGCAGACUGCGAGGUGGGCCCCAUCGGCUGGCACUGCCUGGAUGACAAGGACAGUUUCUAUGUGGCUUUGGACCGGGUUUCCCAUGAGUGA